AUGACGUCGCCUCCAGAAUUUGGAGGGGUCGCGGUUUCGAAUGAACGGACCAAUAAAAACAGGUCCCGGCUGCCCACAUCGAUUGAAGAGUCCGACUCCACCAUGGAGGAGCGCCAUGGCAAUUUCUCUCAGGUCCUGUUUAGCGAUGUGGAGAAGUUCUAUAUUCCUGGAGAUGUCAUGUGCUGUUACACCCUCACUGAAAAGUUCGUCCCUCGUCCCAAGGACUGGGUCGGCGUUUUUAAAGUAGGGUGGGAGACGACCCAGGAGUAUUACACCUUCAUGUGGGCCCCCAUGCCCGAUGACCUAAACACAGAAUCAGCCACACAGCAGAAAAUCCAAUUCAAAGCUUACUAUCUGCCCAAGGAUGAAGAGCAUUACCAGUUCUGCUAUGUGGAUGAAGAUGGUUUGGUCCAGGGAAUAAGUAUCCCCUUCCAGUUUCGUCCUCCAGACUCUGAGGAGGACAUAAUGAUUGUUAUCAAUAAGGAAAAGAUGGACAAGAUGGAACAGCUCAGGGAGGAGCUUUACCAAGAGAACCAGGAACUGAAGGACAAGUAUGCUGACCUCCAUGAGCAGCUCCAGAGGAAGCAGGUGGCAUUGGAGGCAACACAGAGGAUGAAUGAGAGCUUAGGACAGGAAGUGGAACAGAAGGCCUCCUGGGAGAAACAGAAGGCCUCUUGGGAGGAACAGAAGGCCUCUUGGGAGGAACAGAAGGCCUCCUGGGAGAGUGAGAUGCUCCACCUGAAGGAAUACAACCAGAAGAUAACCUCGGAAAAGAAGGACAUGGAGAUCAGAAUAGAAGACCUUCUGGUAGGUACUUUGGCCAAAGAGGAUGUUCUCAGCUUUACCUCCAAUUCAUCAGUAGACCAGAAAGGUACUGAAUAUCUAAAUGCACAAAGCUAG